GCGGCAGAAGGAGCGAAGCUCUGGCCCGGCGCGCAGAGGGCGCUGUACGGGGACGCAGGGCCGGGCCGCCGGGCUGUGUAGAGAAGCGAGCGCGCUCGUGUAAGCCUGCCGUCCCCGCCACCCCUGAGCCAGAGCAGCGAGCUCCCGGGCCCGCCCGAGGCGUCCGUCGCGCGUCCGGCGGUGGCGACGUCUUGCACCCGGCCACCUCGCCGCUCCCGACCCACCCGCGCCCCCGCCCGCCGCCCCUUCUCCCCCGCCCAGCCGCAGCUCGGCGGCGGCCGCAGCUCCGGAGCAGCCUGAACAAGACCAAGGAAGGUUGAAGGAUAAUCUUCUAAUACCAGCACUUUGAAUGAGAAUUUGUUUCUCUGCCACAAACUGAUUUUUUUUUCUAAUUUUAUUUUUCUGGUGGAGGAGUUGAAACAAAGCUAACUUUUGUGGCCUCGCAGCUAUGCAGCUUGAAAUCCAAGUAGCACUAAAUUUUAUCAUUUCCUACUUGUACAAUAAGCUUCCCAGGAGACGUGUCAACAUUUUCGGCGAAGAGCUUGAAAGACUUCUUAAGAAGAAAUAUGAAGGGCACUGGUAUCCUGAAAAGCCAUACAAAGGCUCAGGGUUUAGAUGUAUACAUGUUGGGGAGAAAGUGGACCCGGUGAUCGAGCAAGCGGCCAAAGAGAGUGGUUUGGACAUUGACGAUGUUCGCAGCAAUCUGCCGCAGGAUCUGAGCGUUUGGAUCGACCCGUUUGAGGUUUCCUACCAGAUCGGUGAAAAGGGACCAGUGAAGGUUCUGUACGUGGACGACAGUAGUGAAAACGGGUGCGAGCUGGACAAGGAGAUCAAGAACAGCUUUAACCCGGAGGCCCAGGUGUUCAUGCCCAUAAGUGACCCGGCCUCCUCCGUGUCCAGCUCGCCCUCGCCUCCCUUCGGCCACUCUGCUGCUGUCAGCCCCACCUUCAUGCCCCGGUCCACUCAGCCUUUGACCUUUACCACUGCCACUUUUGCUGCCACCAAGUUUGGCUCCACCAAAAUGAAGAACAGUGGCCGAAGCAGCAAGGUAGCGCGCACUUCUCCGAUCAACCUGGGCCUGACUGUGAGCGACCUCCUGAAGCAGAAAGCCAUCUCUUCCUCAGUGCACUCUCUGUAUGGGCUGGGCCUGGGCAGCCAGCAGCCGCAGCCGCAGCAGCCUCAGCAGCAGCCGCAGCAGUCAUCCCAGCCGCCGCCUCCACCACCACCUCCACAGCAGCAACAGCAGCAGCAGCAGCAGCAACAGCAGCAAACCUCUGCUCUUUCUCCCAAUGCCAAGGAAUUUAUUUUUCCUAACAUGCAGGGUCAAGGUAGUAGUACCAAUGGAAUGUUCCCAGGUGACAGCCCCCUUAACCUCAGUCCCCUCCAGUACAGUAAUGCCUUUGAUGUGUUUGCGGCCUAUGGAGGCCUCAACGAGAAGUCUUUCGUAGACGGCUUGAAUUUUAGCUUAAAUAACAUGCAGUAUUCUAACCAGCAAUUCCAGCCUGUUAUGGCUAACUAAAAAACAAAGCAAAAGAGAACAUGUAUCGUACAAGUUAAAAUGCAUCGGCCCAAGGGGGAAUUUUUUUUUUUUUUUU